AUGGCCAAGAUCGAAAAGCCUAUAAUAGACCGCAAUCCACUGCUGUAUUAUCGUUACAUAGAUGAUUGCUGCGUCGCCUGCUCAACACAAGCAGAAUUAGACACAGGCUUCAAUCUUCUCAAUCAGCAGUGUCCGCACAUUAAGUUCACAAGGGAGAGACCGAUAGACAACUGGUUGGCUUCCUUGAAUGUGCACAUUUACUUACGGAAACCUCAAGGGCCAGCUGUGCCACCCGUGAUGCUGAAAUUGUGUGCCGUAGCAGCCGUACUUUUCUCUCGAAACGCAUUUUCACAAAUUGAAGAAAGAUGUUGCUGCGGCUGCCCACCAGCAUCUUGUACCAUUACCUUGAGCGAGGAAUGUCUAGCCGAUGCAACUACUUCUUGCUCUGAAAAAGAUAAAUUCAACUCCUCAAAAACUGUGAUUGAUUGCAGCUUGCUUCUAACCACGACGGCUCUUCCAACGCUUGAGGACGACGACAACGAAUUCAUACCGAUACCGAAGGAUUCGGAAGAAAAGGAUGUCAGGACCUCAACUAAGCCGCCAUUAGAGCUUGGCAGUAGCACUCAGAACAAAAUUCAAGGCAGAAGUCCUUUCUUCGGGAAUCCCUUCUUUCCUAAACCGUUGAUGCCACCUCCUUUUAUGGGCGGACCCUAUGACGCACACAUGAAUGUUCCUCCAAUGAGUGGAUGGCAGCAGUAUGGAUGGGGAGCUGAUGUUGGUAAUCUCUUCGCAAGGAUUAUGGACCAUAUCAGAGACUUCGUCGGAACAGUGCUAGUCAGAGCCAGCGGCCAGCUGCCUCUAAAUCAAAUUAAUUCAAGAAUGUAUGGAUUGAAAUGA